AUGCUAGUACUGCCGCUACUAUUGUUUACGCACUGUCGCUCCAUGAGCCUGCAAGUAUUAGUUUGUCUUAUCAGCUGUGGCAGGCAUCCCCAACAUCUUUCCAAAUUGAUACAACACGUUGUUCUUGUCAACAGUCACGCGCUUGUAGGGAUUUGUACCACGCUUCGGCAAGUUCACCGCCAACAUCGUCAGUCUUGUAAAGAUCAACAACUGAAAAGAACAACAGAAAAGAACAAGAGUCUAAAAAUAAAUUUUUUUCAACAUUUGAGUCAUUUUUUACUGUUUACUGCCAAUAGUCAUCACUUUUUUUCCUCGAAUCGAAACACCAAAUAGGAACCUGAUACGUGGUCUUCACUCGUUUCGCGAUCAUUUCGAUGGACAUGAACAGGACAAGAGCAUCGAAUAGCUUGCUUACACCCAGGAUGUUCGGCAUCCUGUAAAUAGUACAACAUCAAAAUACCAAGAGAAUACAGUCUUCGCAGAACACCAUGUGUCGCUGUUCCGGAGAAUGAAUACAGUGAUUACAGUGUAAGUAUCAACGAGAGCUCAGAAUUAGACAGACUUGCUAGUGUUCGCAUGCUCAGGUGAGGAAGUGAGUAGUAGAAUUCAUCACACGAGGAUAAGCCAAGAUGCUACUAGUCUGUCGGGUGUAGGAUGAUACUAGUCUGCCAAAACAAUGAGGAAAUCGGUUUG